AUGCCCUCCCCCAUGGCCCACACCCAGGCGGCCCACUCCGCCCCUACCCAGGCAGACCUCGACAUCCUCUCCCGCCUCACCUCAGACCAGUCCUCCUCUGGGCCCCUCAACACAAACGGCAGGAAAAAACAGCUGCCCCGUAGGGAGAGCCCCAUAGACGCCCUCAUGAUCAGCGCUGUUCUCGCAGGCAGUGGUCCAGUAUCGAGACAUCAUUUCGGCCAUGGAAUCGCCCGUACAGGCGCAUACGCAUCUUGCGAUGAAUCCCGGCCGUCCUCCCCCGGACAACAAACAAACCAAGGCUUGACAUCUCCAAAAGUCGUCAUGAAAUCAGCCCAGGCGCCUCGGUCCCAACGGGUCCGUAUGGAACGCGAGGCAAAGCUUGCCCUCCAGCGAAAGUUCGAGGCUGAAAAGAUUACGGAGGAUGUAGCGACUGCCCCUACUGCCGGCCCGUCUGUGACGGGUGGUGGUCCUGCGCCAGUCGAUGAAGAGCACCAGUCCGGUCACGCGCCAGACUCCUCGCGGUACCAACGAAAAAUGUCCCUCGACCCUACCUCCGUCACCCAACUCCUCUCCUUCCCCAAGCCCUCUUUCGCCUACAACCACUUUCAUUCCUAUCCAUCCGGAUCGGCAGCUUUCAACCCUAUCCCCAACUCGCUUCCGGGGCCGAUCCAGGUUCGAUGUAUGGCCCGAACGCGAGUGCCGACGCCGCAUGGCGAAAUAUUCUUGCACCUCUACCACAACUCGCACGACACGAAAGAACAUCUUGCAGUGGUGAUCGAUCCGGUGCAGCUUGACCCGCAGACGCGAAGCAAGGCGCCAGAGGGGCGUAAAGAGAUCAGGAGCAAGAGUCUGAAUGCUGUAUGGAGGGAAGGCGAGACAGAGAUGGAACGAAUCGUACGGGGAGCAUACGUGGGGCGCCUCAAACCUGGAGUAGCAAGCUCCAGGGGCGAUGGUCUGCCCCCGGUAGAGGGCCUGCAAGGCGUGGAGGACGUCAAACCGCUGGUCCGGAUUCACUCGGAAUGUUUUACUGGCGAGACGAUCGGGUCGAUGCGAUGUGACUGUGGCGAGCAGCUCGAUGAGGCUAUCCACCAGAUCGGUCUACCACAGCGUAUCCCUCAUCGUCAAAAUUUCCAUACCCCGCUAUCCCCAAGGACGCACUCGCAUCUUCCCGGCAGGGGCGUCGUCAUCUACCUUCGUCAAGAAGGCAGAGGCAUCGGCCUACUGGAAAAGAUUCGUGCCUACAACCUCCAGGAUCUCGGCCACGACACCGUCACUGCCAACUUGAUGCUCGGUCAUGGCGCAGAUGAGCGCAAGUACGACAUUGCCGCAGAAAUGCUCCGUGACCUCGGGCUGGAACAAGAGGGGAUUCGCCUACUGACCAACAAUCCUGAAAAGGUUGCUGGACUUGCGGGCGAAGGGAUCAGGGUUGUGGAUAGGGUCGGGAUGGUACCAAGAGACUGGCAGUGUGGCGAUGACCAGCUGCAUCCCAAUGGGGCCGCAGAGCAGGGCGAGAAGGAGGAGAAGGACUAUGAAGAUUGGAGGAUGAGGAGAGCGGGUGUUGGGUUAAUCGGCUCCAGCAAAGCUCAGGGCCCGGAGCUAGAAAAGUACCUGAGGACAAAGGUCGAGAGGAUGGGACAUAUCAUCGAUAUCCCUAAAGAUCUCUAG